UGAAUAAAAAAGGAAAACAAAUGUGGUCACCGAAGGUUAUAAGGAGAAAGCAGAUGUCCAGAGUAGACAAGUGGUGCUAUAAAUAUCCCUCCCUCUCACACUCCUCCAGAUAGGAGCCGAGUGAUGGACAGGUCCGUGCCUGAUCUGGCUAGAGUCUGGCUACCCCGCAGCCUGCCAGCCAGAGGGAGAGAGUGAGCUUAACCUGCGGGUGGUGGUGAUCCAUCCGUCGACAAGCCUUUCACAACUCUGGCAUCAUCCAUAUCAUCACCCUGGAAUAAUGAAUGGUUCUGGCUUUCAUGAUUAAACAGGGACGGCGCACUCACUAACAUGUCCAACAUGUCCAACCUGGCCAAACCCACCAAACCCAAGGACUCCACCAAGAUGAGGAUACGAGCCUUUCCUAUGACAAUGGAUGAGAAGUAUGUGAACAACAUCUGGGACCUCCUGAAGAAUGCCAUCCAGGAGAUCCAGAGAAAGAACAACAGCGGCUUGAGCUUCGAGGAGCUCUACCGGAACGCCUACACUAUGGUACUUCACAAACAUGGCGAGAAGCUGUACACAGGACUACGAGAGGUUGUCACCGAGCACCUCAUUAACAAAGUAAGGGAAGAUGUCCUGAAUUCCUUGAAUAAUAACUUCCUGCAGACGUUAAACCAGGCGUGGAAUGACCAUCAGACGGCCAUGGUCAUGAUACGUGACAUCCUUAUGUAUAUGGACCGGGUGUAUGUGCAGCAGAAUAACGUGGAGAACGUGUACAACCUGGGCCUCAUCAUCUUUAGGGACCAGGUGGUGCGCUACGGCUGUAUUCGAGACCACCUCAAACAGACGCUCCUAGACAUGAUUGCCCGCGAGAGGAAGGGGGAGGUGGUCGACAGGGGAGCCAUCCGUAACGCGUGUCUAAUGCAGGUGAUCCUCAGUCUGGAGGGUCGCUCCGUGUACGAGGAGGACUUCGAAGCCCCCUUUUUAGAAAUGUCUGCAGAGUUCUUCCAGAUGGAAAGUCAAAAGUUCCUAGCCGAAAACUGUGCCAGCGUUUACAUUAAGAAGGUGGAGGCGCGCAUCAACGAGGAGAUCGAGCGGGUGAUGCACUGCCUGGACAAGUCCACGGAGGAGCCCAUCGUGAAGGUGGUGGAGCGUGAGCUCAUCUCCAAGCACAUGAAGACCAUCGUGGAGAUGGAGAACUCAGGCCUGGUCCACAUGCUCAAGAAUGGCAAGACGGAGGACCUGGGCUGCAUGUACAAGCUGUUCAGUCGCGUGCCAAACGGUCUGAAGACCAUGUGUGAAUGCAUGAGUGCCUUCCUGAGGGAGCAGGGCAAGGCCUUGGUGUCGGAGGAAGGCGAAGGCAAGAACCCUGUGGACUAUAUACAGGGUUUAUUGGAUUUGAAGACGCGUUUCGACCGCUUCCUGCUGGAGUCCUUUAGCAAUGACCGGCUCUUUAAGCAGACCAUCGCCGGAGAUUUCGAGUACUUCCUCAACCUCAACUCCCGGUCGCCCGAGUACCUCUCCCUAUUCAUUGACGACAAGCUCAAGAAGGGAGUCAAAGGACUGACGGAGCAGGAGGUGGAGUCCAUCCUGGACAAGGCCAUGGUGCUCUUUAGGUACAUGCAGGAGAAGGACGUGUUUGAGAGGUACUACAAGCAGCACCUGGCCAGAAGACUCCUCACCAACAAGAGCGUCUCCGACGACUCUGAGAAGAACAUGAUCUCCAAACUCAAGACGGAGUGCGGUUGUCAGUUCACCUCUAAACUGGAAGGAAUGUUCAGAGACAUGAGCAUCUCAAACACAACCAUGGACGAGUUCCGCCAACACUUGCAGUCAACCGGCGUGUCCUUAGGAGGUGUCGACCUCACUGUCCGAGUCCUCACCACGGGCUACUGGCCCACGCAGUCAGCCACACCCAAGUGCAACAUCCCCAACUCCCCCAGACAUGCCUUUGAAGUCUUCCGAAGGUUUUACUUGGCCAAACACAGUGGUAGGCAGCUCACCCUACAGCACCACAUGGGAUCAGCAGACCUCAACGCCACCUUCUACGGUCAUAUCAAGAAGGAGGACGGCUCAGAGGUGGGCGUGGGCGGAGCCCAGGUGACCGGCUCAAACACACGCAAGCACAUCCUACAGGUGUCCACCUUCCAGAUGACCAUCCUCAUGCUCUUCAACAACCGGGACAAGUUCACUUUCGAGGAGAUUGGCCAGGAGACGGACAUCCCCGAGAGGGAGCUGGUGCGGGCGCUGCAGUCGCUGGCCUGCGGGAAGCCCACGCAGCGGGUCCUCACCAAGGAGCCCAAGUCCAAGGAGAUCGAGAACGGCCACGCGUUCACGGUCAACGACCAGUUCACCUCCAAACUGCACAGAGUAAAGAUCCAGACAGUUGCUGCUAAGCAGGGCGAGUCGGACCCUGAGCGGAAGGAGACGCGGCAGAAGGUGGACGACGACAGGAAGCACGAGAUCGAGGCGGCCAUCGUCCGCAUCAUGAAGUCCCGCAAGAAGAUGCAGCACAACGUCCUAGUAGCAGAGGUCACCCAGCAGCUUAAGGCACGUUUCCUCCCCAGUCCUGUGGUCAUUAAGAAACGCAUCGAAGGACUUAUAGAGAGAGAAUACUUGGCACGGACGGCCGAGGAUCGCAAAGUGUACACCUACGUAGCAUAGGACACAUUGGACACAAAGGAGUGGGUGGGCACAGGAGUAAUCAUAAAAAAAAAAGAAAAAGAAAAAAAAAAGUUUUGGACUGCUCUUCGCAUGGACUGGGAAGUUUCUUAGUAAUGUGAAGACUGCGGGGAAGCACUUCCAUCUUCCUCGUUAUCACACGCCGCCAAUCCAUAAAGUCCGACAAUAAACGGAAUCAACACACGAAAAACAAACAAUCCAUUAGGUGUCGUAGGUUACUUCGCAAUCAGGCAAUUCUACUUCCUGUCUGAGAUUCCACAUGGAUGGAUCCAGCGCCAAGCUUUUCACUGUUUUACCCUUGUAGACAUCAACUUAUAAAAGAAUCCCAUGGCAAAAUGUGAAUGCACAUUUUUUUUGUUUUGUUUUCAAUACUGUAUUAAAAAGAAAAAAACACAAAUAAUUAUUAAAAAAAAGAACAAAACAAGAGCAGCAAAUGUGAAUUGCUUUGACAAAAAAAAUAGAAUAAAGUUAAUAUUGAAUUCUCUUAUGUCCUCAAGACUGGCGCGUUGUAAUAAAGUGGCCUGAGGUUGUCUUC